CAGCAAGUUUAGCAGGCGGUCGGCGAACACGCUGCGAAGGGUUAAGUGUCAGAGCGUCGUCGCAACUUACUCACAUUGCCACACACUCACCGACAGAUUUUAUCGCCUGCGUCCGCUGGAAGCUGCAGCUGUCAUGGACCAAUUCAAAGAUGGGUGGUUUACGGAGCUGUCCACAAUGUGGCCGGGCCAGGCGACCAGCUUCGAGGUGGAAGAGGUUCUGUACAACCAGAAAUCCAAAUUUCAGGAUGUUAUUGUUUUCAAGAGCAAGACUUAUGGGAACGUCCUGGUGCUGGAUGGAGUGAUCCAGUGCACGGAGAGAGACGAGUUUGCCUAUCAAGAGAUGAUUGCCAACCUCCCACUGUGCAGCCACCCGUGUCCCAAGAAGGUGCUGGUCAUUGGGGGCGGCGAUGGUGGAGUGCUGAGGGAAGUGGUGAAGCAUCCACUGGUGGAGUCUGUGGUCCUGUGUGAAAUAGACGAGGAUGUUAUUAACGUCUCCAAGAAGUUCCUCCCAGGGAUGGCUAAAGGGUUUUUCAGUCCCAAGCUUACCCUCCAUAUUGGAGAUGGCUUUGAAUUCAUGAAGCAAAACCAGGAUGCCUUUGAUGUCAUUAUCACUGAUUCCUCAGACCCUGUUGGGCCUGCAGAGAGUUUGUUCAAAGCGUCUUACUAUGAACUGAUGAAGACUGCCCUGAGAGACGGCGGAAUCCUUUGUUCCCAAGGAGAGAGUCAGUGGCUCCAUUUGGAGCUGAUAAAGGAGAUGCGAAAAUUCUGCAAGGCCAUAUUCCCUGUGGUGGACUACGCUUACAGCACCAUCCCGACCUAUCCCAGCGGGCAAAUUGGAUUCACGCUGUGCAGUAAAAAUCCUGAAACUAAUUUUAGGGAACCAGUGAAAACCCUCUCAAAAGAAGAACUGGAAGAAAUGAACCUUAAAUAUUACAACCCGGAAAUUCACAGAGCGUCGUUUGUCCUCCCUGAGUUUGCCAGAAAGGUGCUCAGUGAGGCAUGACCAGCAACAACAGACCACUAAGUUCAUCCUCUGCCUGGCCCACAACUUUGUCCUGCAGCUUCUCCACAUUCCCAACACAGUUAAGCACCAGCCACCUAAAGAUCACAUGGUUGCUUGUAACAAAUCAUCAUUGGGAGGGAAUUUAUUUCCAAGUGUUAGUUCAGUCAGAUAUUUCAUUGUUUUGGGUGUUACACAUGCUUCAUUUACUUUUCUGUUUUUAAUUGUUACUGUGCAAAUGCCAUUUUACGAAGAGCAAUCUGAAGGGCUGGGACGAGUGGGAGAGAAAUGCCAUCAAACCUGACCUCAAUGGAUUCACUGCAUCUAUACUUUAUGCAAUAUAGAGUGUAUACAUGUAAUAUAUUGCUGCACUUUUAUGCUUAAUAUACAGUUUGUGCUGAUGGGGGAAACGCCUACCUGCUUAGUGUAGUCAGAAUACUGUGUCGAACCCUAUAGUGCCUGAAAUUGGAGGUUUUAAUAAAAUAAGUAGGUGGCAAAUGGAUACUAGAACUAAAUUUAUAAUGUUUAGAUUAAAAUUGUGGUAGAGAGUUCUUACUGGCUAAAUCAUGAUGUCAAAGCCAGUCUUACAGUUGUGAAAUCAUCUUUAUAAAUAACUAAAUCAUGUAAUGAAUCAUUUUAGGAGCUCAUUCAGCUGCUGCUUGUGGCAAAUUCAUAACUAAACAUCCAUUUAAGUGCUUGUAUGAGGACAAACGUGCUCUUUGCUUAGUUUGCGUAAGUGCAGUUCUAGUGUUCAGACAGAAGAUGGCGACAUUUCAUUUCUUACUCUACAAUCCAGCUUCAACAUACACUCAGAAGAAAUGCAUUUCAAAUAUACUGUUCUAUUCACCGAAUCCAGAUUCACAGACAGACGUUUUGCAUUUCAUGUUUGCUUUGAAUUUAAAUUAAAAGAACAUCGGCUCUGUUAAA